AUGAGCCAUGAAAAGUUUAGUAAGGAUCCGGCUCGGAUUCUGCUCCAGACGUCAUCAGCACCCAUCAGGAGGACGCACUUGGCUAUUGCCAGUGGCGCAAUGGGGCAGCUGGGACAUGGAGAAAACACAACGUUUCUGUCUAAACCUCAGCUCCUCUGCUCUGAACUUCUUAAAGGAGCCAUCUGCCAGAUCGAGGCUGGAGACUGCUACAGCGCUGCGCUCACAACUAAUGGAGAGUUGUUUAUGUGGGGGAGAAACUGCCAUGUAAUUGAUGGAAACCAACCAGCGUCCCAUAAAUUCUGGAGCCCGCAGAAGGCUGAUGUCAGUAACCAGGCUGUGUGUGAUGUCAGCUGUGGGUCGUGGCACACCAUGAUCCUCACAGGAAUUCCUAAAGAGAGGAGCCCUGGGAAUAAGGAAUCGGAUUUCAGAGAAACUGGAGCUAGCUUCAAAGACGACAGCAACUAUCCCCAACUGAUAGUACUUCUACCAGAAGAAAAUAGCAGCAGAAAGCACUCCGGUGAUCUCCAGGCCCCUCCGAACCAAGCAGACAUUUUGAUACAUUCCCAUUCCUCUCAACCUUCCAGCCAGCCUAAGAACUCUCCAUUUGAUGGCAUGGAUCAAACAAACCUUAACAAAAAGAAUCAUUCAGAUGGUACAACAGUUCAAGAUGCAAGUGCUCUGUCUGCGAAGGAAAAACAAGGAAAUAGCUGCUCAUCAAUCAAACUACAAGAGGAGAAUGGCAGAGUCCUUAUUCCGAGGGGAAAACGGUUCAGAAAUAAGCAAGCCUUCAGCUGUCUACACUCACCUUUGAUUCCAGAUUGCUUGUGCAGCGGAGAUGCAGAUUACCCCAGCACAUUGCCUGAGAUGAGGAGAAAGCCCAAAUGCAGAUCUAGACCCCAAACUGCUGGUAGCCCUUGGGCCAGCAGCAGACAGCCUGGGAACGGGGACAGUUCCUCCAGCACAAACUUAAGUAAAGCGAGUCACCAGAGUGGAAGAAUCCCUGGCAGGGAGCCCGGUUGUGCACUGCAUCCAAGAGUGAGACCUGAAGGGCAGGAGUCAGGGCCUUGCCACGGGAGCAGGCCCAGAACGGCUCAUCUUCACCUUUCACCUUUGGUUUCCCACUCUGCCGCCUCCUCCUCCCUCAUUGUAACCCUAAACCCUUCAGAGAGGCUCACUGGCAGGCCUGUUUACCAACAAGCAAUUUACUCCUCGGGAACAGCUUGGAAGGACAUAUCCAGGUCACCUGACCCUGUGUUGUCACAGAAGCGUCCAGCCUCAGAAACCAUCCAACAGUCAAGCCAAAAAUAGUGACCUUUGACACUGGUGGAUUUAAGCAUUUUUACUUGGUAUUAAACUUGCUUUCAGGCUUAAAGCUGUUGAAGUGAAAUAAGAGAAAGGAAGAAUUUUAUUGUUGAAUUAUUUACAGCCCAGUUUUACUGAAACAUGGCUUUAUGUGUGGAAAUGUAUAAUGAACAUGGGUAGACAGAAGUAAAGGAGUGGUCAUGCUCUGGCUGUUUGGACAAACAUUGAUAAUAAUCAAUUCAAGCAUCUAUUUUAUCUGCUUGUAACUGAACCGAAUAAUUAGCAGCAGUGUUAGAUUGGUUGCAACAGCACCAUUUAAACACGUUUUAAAACUGCAUCAGGUGUCUCCUUGAUGUUGUAACAGGGAAGAGAAGCAUGAUUUGAAAAGAAGCUUAUUUUUUAUCUGAUCUUACGCAUAACUGUGUAUCUGGAUAAAUCACAAACACCUCAUAUGACGUGAAAGUGCAUUUUUUACAUCCAUAUACUCCCUGUUGGUCUGUUAAAUGACCAUGAAAGUAUUUCAUUUCUGAUAAUUGUGUGUUUUUUGCAGAAAUUGUCAUUUUAAGAAAUAGUUUUUUUUUUUUUUCUUUAAAUAAAUGGAAUGAUUGAGUGGAACAUAGAACAGAGCCUUCAGAAUUAGUUUUCUCCAAAAUGCAUGUCUUAAUAGAUAACUUGUACACCCUAUACUACAGUACAUACUGUAUAUAGACUACUCAUACAGUUUAAAGGGAUGUUUGUAUAGUCUAU